GUUUUCCCACCGCGGCGUUGGUCUGUAUUCCGCAAGCAAAAACCCUGAGACUGAGAGGGUUUAUUCUAGUUCAUUCUCAGCCCCUUUCUUCUCUUCUUCUCCAUUUUCUCUCUCCUCGACUGUCAUUACCUCUCCAACUUUUACUUGUUCUUCUCAAAACCCUCUUAGCUGUGUAAUACUUAGUUUGAGUUAGAACCCAUAUUGUAACAUGGGCGUUCCGAAUUUGGGGUUGGGAUCAUCUGCUGAGAAGAGCUCGAAGAAAAAAUCAAGGAAAAAGAGAAGGGCACCUGAAGAUGAUGAUGAUGUUCAAGCUACACAGAAGAUUACAGCUCUUGAUAAAGAAGAUGUAGAUGGGAUUCAGAUUGAUGAUAAUGAACCUACCAUGGCUGAGAAACUUUCUACUUUAGAUAUUGAAAAGAAAGAUAAUACUGAAAUUCAGGAAAGGCCAGAGCCCGCUCAAACACUGCCUCCUAGUGCAGACUCUGUUCAUGUUUUGCUACGCCAAGCUUUACACGCUGAUGAUAGCGCUCUUCUAUUAGAUUGUUUGUACAAUCAAGAUGAUAGGGUUAUUACGAAUACUGUUUCCAUGUUAAAUGCAGUUGACAUUUUCAAGCUUUUGGACUCUCUUUUAUCUAUCAUCCAAUCAAGGGGUGCAGUUUUGGUGUGUGCUCUUCCGUGGGUUAGGAGUUUACUUCUCCAGCAUUCUAGCAGGAUAAUGUCGCAAGAGUCUUCAUUAGCUGCUCUUAAUUCCUUAUACCAGCUUAUAGAAUCUAGGGUUGCAAAUUUGAAUCAUUCACUCCAAUUGGCUAGCAGUUUGGACCUCCUAUCUUCUGGGGUUGAGGACGAAGGAGUAGACGAGUAUGAGUCUGGUCCUCCGGUCAUUUACGAAGACAAAGAUGAAAGCAGCGAAGAAGAAGAAUCCGAAGAAGAUGCAAUGGACACUGAUGAAGACACUAAAGAACCGGAAGAUUUCAGUGGUAUAAGUGAUGCUGAACUAAGUGAAGGCUUUAUUAGUGAUUGAAUUACAUGAUCUUGUAUUACUAUUUAUUUUCAUUUUUUCGGGCUUUUCGGGUUAGAAGAAAAUUUUGUUGUAAUUGGUGAUGAAAUAGAUUACUUGUAGGAGUCUUGAAACUUUUUGCUAGAAUUUAAUUACGCAUUAUAUCAUAACCAAUUCAAUCACUUUGCUAGAUAGAAAA